AUGGCAACCAAAAAAUUUGAUCAAGUAGCUGUUGACAUUGUAAGCCUCUUUCCAACAGAGGUUAAGGAAACCUACUAUCUACCCAUCAAAAACAAAAAAGCUGGUGGGUUAUUAUAUGCCAGGUAUAGGAAUACCGUUUCUAAAAAUCGAUCAUUGGUGGAGGAAUCAAUUAUCGAAUCUGAUGAUGAUUCAAACAGUUUGGCAGAGGAGGACAUUGAUUCAGUAAGCUACUCCAUGAUAUGGCUGCAAUGCAACAGCGAUGACACAGCGAAUCUGGCAGAAAUAUAUCGCCAUUGGGAAAACACUUUUAAGAAGCGCACAGAACAACUUGUCUCGGAAACUUCAUUGAAGGAAAUUUUAACGGCAUGGCCCAUUUUAAAACAGUCUUUUGGUGCUGAGCUGCUGAAACUCGACUUUGCGGACCGAUUUCCCGCAAAAGAAAAUCAUUUAUUUUCUAAAUUCGAGGAAUUUAAAAACAAAAUUCUUCCGAUUGCCGAAAAACGCCUGAAGGAAUCAUUCAGCGUCAAAAUUUUGAAGCUAAUCAAAGGAGCCGAAGAAGGGACAAUUGAUCUGUCAGUAUUCCUCCUCCUCCACGGUCUGCUGACACCAACGGGUCGCCGAAGCGUCAAGUGCGGAGAGGCUAAGAAGCGACUUGCCAAAAUAACUACAGCGGACUCUCGGAAAUCCUUUUCCAGUGCUUUCAGUCGUUCGGAGAGCUCAACACAUUCAUUAAGGAAAAAUUCAAACCCUUUUUGA